AAAGAAACCAAAGGAGGGUCAAAGUCAAACAAACAAGGAAGAAAGGAAAGCAUCAUGAAAUGGUCAAAUGUCAAAGGACCAAACCACCGCCAUUGUUUUUUCUCUCUUCUUGGUCUUCCUCUUCAACUGAUACAUUUCGAAGAUAUUGGCAUAGCAUAUCGUCUUUCUCAUCAUCGUUCCAAUCCUUUUCUACGUUGUACAUAAUUUGAUUAUCGGUUCACGAAAUUCAUGAUAUGUUCAAUGAAUUUUAGGUUUUCGGCUUUCGUUUUCUUAAUCUGGAUCCUUCUUACCUUUUUUCCAGGUGUAUUAUUGGCAGCAGAAGUUGCUCUUGAGUCAAUUGAAGUACAUCAGACCCAUGAAUGGCUACACAAACCAACAAUAUAUUUCCAAUGCAAGGGAGAAAAUAAGACGUUUCUGCCUGAUGUGAGGAAGGCCAAUGUCUUAUAUGCUUUUAAAGGGGAAGAAUCUUGGCAGCCUUUGACAGAAUUUUCAAGUAAGAAGUGCAAGAGAUGUGGAAUCUAUGAGAAGGACAUUCUUACUGAUGAUAUCUUUGAUGAAUGGGAGUUCUGUCCUUCUGACUUUUCUGAUGGGAAAUUUUCGUAUGUUAAAAAAGGAGAGUUCAAUGCAACCUUUAUAUGUUCCACAUGCGCAGAUGUGGGUGCAGAUCCUGCUCCCCCUCAGGCAGAUGAUGCUGUAAAAAGAAUCAGCACUGUUGUUGUGGUACUUGUCAGUGUUGUCGCCACUAUUCUUGUUGUAAUUGUCGUGAUAGGAGGUUACAAGUACUGGCAAAAGAGAAAAAGGCAGCAAGAGCAAGCACGUUUCUUGAAGCUCUUUGAGGAUCAAGACGACAUCGAGGAUGAAUUAGGUCUUAGGGAUAUUAUUUGAUAGAUAUCACUUGACUGAGGUAGAAUUUACGAUGACUAAUGCCUAAACUACUUGUAUAGAACAAAAUCCUUUUUUGUAUCAUCAACCACAUCAAUCAUGGUGUUCAAUGUUUCGGUUUUACUCCCUUGAUUUAUAAAUCAUAAUGAGUUGGUUUUCCUCAAUGUGCCUGUUAUUGCUUUGUGUGGAUCGCUUUCGUAAAAUCUUGAGUAGCAAAGACAUUGGGCUUCUUUUUAGCUGGGUCUAUAUCUGGCCGUAUUUUCAUAUUUAACAUGCAAAAUGUUUUGCAUUUUAUUUCUGUUGUGAAGAUACAUGUAAAUGGGGAUAAAACAAUGAAAUGAUAAUAUGUGAAACUAAAUAAAUCUCAACGUACAAUUAGAUAUUUUAAAAAGGGUCUAAAUCCGAGUUUUGAUCAGUAAAACGAAAACGUUUAACUCAACAGGUGCAUCUAAUUAUCUUCUCUUGUU